CAGCUCCAAGGACACUUCAAGUUGAAUGGGAUAUACCAAGAUGGAGACCUUAUGAUUGGGGGCCUGUUUGCAUUUCAUCUCAUCACAGUUUUCCCGGAAAUAAACUUUAAAAGAGAACCGGAACAGACACAUUGUGAGCGAUUCUAUAUGGCAAGUUUUCAGCAGGCACAAACUAUGGUAUAUGCCAUAAAUGAAAUCAAUAACAAUUCUGACCUGUUGCCUAACAUCACCCUCGGUUAUCAUCUGUAUGACAACUGUGUAAAGCUUGGAGUGGCAUUCAGGUCUGCAACAGCUCUGGUCAGUGGGACAGAAGAAUCCUUCAAUGUUUUCAACUGCACUGGCCCACCACCCAUAAUUGGGAUUGUGGGAGAUCCAGGAUCUACUCAUUGUAUAGCAAUCUCCAGUGUGCUGGGAUUAUUUCGAAUACCUAUGGUUAGCUACUAUGCCACAUGCUCCUGUUUGAGUGACCGGAGCAAGUACCCCUCUUUCUUCAGAACAAUUCCCAGUGAUGCCUUCCAGGUGCGGGCUAUGGUUCAGAUCUUGAAGCACUUUGGAUGGACCUGGGUUGGGCUCCUCUACAGUGAUGAUGAUUAUGGCAUCAAUGCUGCUCAAUCUUUCCAAAAGGAAGUGCAGUUGUUUGGAGGUUGUGUUUCUUUUUCUGAAAUCCUGCCACUUGAUAAUAACCACAUGGACAUCCAGCGUAUUGUACAAGUGCUUCAGGCUUCUACAGCAAUAGUGGUGGUAGUUUUUUCCACAGAAGCCUAUCUGUUUCCCUUGAUGGACGAGGUGAGAAUCUUCUGGGAAAACAUGUUUGAGUGCAGUUUUGAUACUGUGGGCAGAAAGGGAGAAACAAUGUGUACAGGUCAAGAAGAUAUGAGGACAACAAACACACCAUAUACUGACGUUUCAGAACUGAGGGCUUCUUAUAAUGUCUAUAAGGCAGUGUAUGCCCUGGCACAUGCACUUCAUGACCUGAUGCAGUGUGAGGAGGGGAAAGGACCAUUCAGUUGUGAUGACAUAACAAACCUGAAACCCUGGCAGCUGGUUCACUACCUACAGAAAGUAAACUUCACCACAGGCUUUGGGGAUCAUGUGUCAUUUGAUGAGAAUGGUGAUGCCCUGGCUAUCUAUGAUGUGAUGAACUGGCAGGCCAGCUCUGAUGGGUCAAUUGUUGUCCACACAGUUGGUGUUGUAGAUGAAGGGGCAUCAACAGGGAAGGUGCUCACAUUGGAGGAAGAUGCAAUAUACUGGAACACAGCAACAAAUAAACCUGCACGGUCUGUGUGCAGUGAGAGCUGCCCCCCAGGAACCAGACGAACUAGGAGGAAGGGGCUUCCUGUCUGCUGUUUCGACUGCCUUCCAUGUGCAGACGGAGCGAUUUCUACAUUACCAGAUUCCAUUGAAUGCAUGGUGUGUCCAGAUGAGUUCUGGUCCAGCCCCAAAAAGGAUCAGUGUGUCCCCAAAGAUGUAGAGUUUCUAUCCUAUGGGGAUCCUCUGGGCAUCUCUCUGACCACCGCUUCCCUGCUUGGCUCCUGCAUCUGUUCUGCAGUGGUAGUCAUUUUUGCACAUCAUCGCCACACUCCAGUAGUACGCGCUAACAAUUCAGAGCUUAGCUUCCUUCUGUUGGUGUCACUCAAACUAUGUUUCCUGUGUGUUUUGCUGUUUAUUGGUCGACCACAGGUGUGGACAUGUCAGUUAAGACAUGCUGUGUUUGGCAUAAGCUUUGUCCUGUGCAUCUCCAGCAUUCUGGUCAAGACUAUGGUGGUGAUAGCAGUAUUUAAAGCUUCUCGACCUGAGGGUAAAAGUGCUAUGAAAUGGUUUGGAUCGCAUCAACAAAGAUGCACAGUUCUGUUCCUCACAGCCCUUCAGGUUGUCAUAUGUGCAGUCUGGCUAUCAAAUGCAUCCCCGAAACCUCAUAAAAACAACCAGUAUAUAAACUCCAAAAUAGUAUAUGAAUGUACUAUAGGCUCAGUGGUUGGGUUUUCUAUGCUACUUGGCUAUAUUGGCAUUUUAGCAGCAGUAAGUUUCCUCUUAGCCUUCCUGGCACGAAAUUUACCAGAUCAUUUUAAUGAGGCAAAGUUCAUCACUUUUAGCAUGCUGAUCUUCUGUGCUGUGUGGAUUGCAUUUGUUCCAGCAUAUGUGAGCUCUCCAGGGAAAUAUGCGGUUGCUGUGGAGAUUUUUGCUAUUUUAGCUUCUAGUUUUGGAUUGCUGGCUGCCAUAUUUGCACCAAAAUGCUACAUCAUUAUAUUACACCCAGAAAGAAACACUAAAAAAGCCAUCAUGGGAAGAGCAACCUGA